ACUAUCGUCAAUGUUUUGCAGGACCCUGGUGAUCCAAUGGAAAUACUGGAGAACAGUGAACCACAGAUCACGGUGGGCAGUUUUACCGUCACAGACGCAGACGCAGAAGCAUCCAUUUCCUUUGACAUCCAAAAGGAGGAGUGUACUGGCGGCUCAUCUUCCAUGGAUGUUAGCGGGUGGUUCGAAGUACUUCCUGAUCCUCCGUCACAGACAAAUUUUCCAGCGAGGGUGGUGGUGGGAGACGUGGAAAUCGACAGGGAGGCGUGCAAGGAAGUCACACUCACCAUCAAGGCCACAGACGACAAAACAGAUGAAAAAUAUGAAUCUGAAUCCAGUGCUACAGAAAGUUUUGUAAUCACCAUUCUGGACGAAAUCGACGAGUCUCCCAUAGUCGACUGCAAGUAUGGCUGCGGUGUUAUUAGUAUUGAUGAAGUCAACGAAAUUGAUCCAAGUAGUUAUGCCAGCGUGCUCGUGACCACAUUGACAGUGACAGACCCGGACGAAGAAGACACCAUCUAUCUCUCCUUAAGAGAAGGCGAUGAAUUUGUGUACUUGUCCAAAGAAAAUGUGAGCGUGCAGGCAGGGAGUGUGGCGGAAAUUGAUAUUUUCACAAAGAAAGAUGCAAAUAUCAACUGUGAAGCCCAGCAGACCAUUCCUAUCGAAAUUUUCAUGGAGGAUUCUGAAAACCACAACGCUACCAUAAAGAUCAACGUUACAGUCAAUGACCUGAAUGAUAACAGGCCAGAAAUAGCUGCUGGUUUGUGUGGCGGAGAACCGCUGCUAAUUAAGGAGGACGAUGGGUCAGGGGAGAUAAACGGCAACCCCAUCGGCAUGAUAACUGCAACAGAUAAGGAUGAAGAAUCUCCCCACAACCACGUCAGAUACAUGAUGCUCAAUGAUCAAUACUCCGACUCCAAAAACACGUGGACACCCUUCAGCAUUGACGAAGAAACAGGCAAUGUGACAAUACUCCUAAUCAAUGGCGUGAAAGCACUGGAUCGGGAACAGUACGCUGACUGGGAGCUUUUCUUCAGAGCUUAUGAUGAAUGUGAUAAUUCACCGACUUGUAAAGUUCUUCAAAGUGAACCGGACUGUCUAGUCAAGAUUACUGUGGUGGAUGUUAACGACAACUAUCCUCGCGAUUUGACAUGGCUGCCCGAUGGUCCCAUAACAGUUAAUGACUUCCUACAACAGGACCAGGACAUUGGAUAUGUAUUCACUGCACUGGACGAUGACGAGGGGGAGAACGCUAACCUUACCUACUUCGUAAAGGGAACCUACCGCCUAAACAGUGACCAAGACAUGGACCUCUUUCGUGCUGAAGAAGAUCCGUUCAGCAUUAAACCUUCUUGCAGGAAUUACAAGACUCCAGACUGGAGGCUGCAGAACGCUGAACAUCAGACCCUGUUAUCAUUGCUGAUUUGGGCAGAAGGAACCUGGUGCCCUUCAACGCAUCAAAAACUCAAUUUAUCUACCUAUCAACUCCACGCAGUAUUCAAAACACCUAUCCCCUAUUCUUCGAUAACACUCAGCUGUCACAUUCUACACUAAACAUCCUUGGUCUAUUUUUAACCUAAAAUCUAAACUAGAAACUUCAUAUCUUCUCUCUUACUAAAUCAGUUUCCUCGAGGUUGGGCGUUCUGUAUCGUCUCCGCCAGUUCUCCUUCGCACAGAUUUUUCCAUAUACAGGGGCCUUAUGCUGGGAUCACACAUCUGCGAUUUCGCUCUGCGACGGUUGGCGAUUUU